UGAUUCAUUGACGUCGAGUGUCAGUAAUCUCGUAAAAUCGUCGUAAAUUAAAUUUGACAUUUGUUUUGUUGAAAAUUUCACCAUGUUUCGUCCAUGUGAAUUAAAUAUUUUUUUACAUUAUCCUCUAUUUAAUUAAUCUUGAAAUCAAGGAGCCGCCAAGCGAACUGUGCAUCAAAAGGAAGGUCAAAUGAAGGCAACUGUUUAUUUAGUGUAUUAAACUUCAUUCAAAUUUGGUAUUAUUUACACAUUACGGUUUGAUAAGCCGUCGUCAACAUUGCGUUGUGUGCUUCCACUCAAUUCUACAGUAGGUUUUCCACUCGGAACAGUUGCAAAGGGCCGCCAUAAUAAGAAAGAAAAGAACACAAUCAAACUGCAAAGAAGCCAUGUUAUUGGAUGACGCAAAAUACACCAAAUAUUAUCUAAAACUGAACGCGCCAUGUGUGUGCCUAUGAUAACGUAAAACCGAAGUCCUUUCACUAUUGUAUAAUUGAGUUGUGUGAUUGUAUAAGCGAUGGUAUCAUAAAUGUCGUAAAAUGAAUAUGAAAAAUUAUAUAUAGAGACUGAUUGUAAAGUUGAAAUGGCGGGAGCAACUCUUCCGGAGAGAGUGGCUCAGAUCUACUACACUUAUGGGCUGUUCUGCUCAUCCUACCCGUUCGUGGCUGUCUCCAUUGCCUUGUCUGUUGUCCUGAUAUGUUGCUAUCCUCUCCUGAAUGUGCCACUGCCUGGCAACAUUCCCACUGUGGUAAAAUUACCUGUUCAAGAAACCCCUGUCUCAGACGUGCCACGGAAGACCCCUGACUGCACCAAUAAUUGCCAAGAUUAUGAUCCCUUCCAGUUAGAGUUCUUUUACAAUGAAACUCAGAAGCUUCCCUAUCUGUGGGCCAAAGACAAACCUCUCUUGUAUGUGCAACAGAUUAUAAUGAAAACAGGAGUUUCCCCAUGGACCAGCAAUCUGAAAAUGUGGGACGCCUUCAGGGCGCCUCUUCAGGAGGUGUUCCGAAUUCUGGAGACCAUACGCAAUCAUGAGGAUCCGGAAACAAAGUCGACUUUAGCGUCGCACUGCUACCAGGUGGACGGCCUCAAACGGCGCGACGGGAAAGCGGAGCAUGUCUUGCCAGAAUAUAGCUGUCUCAUUCUCUCACCAGCGAACCUGUGGAGACAGAACCUGCAAGUGUUCUCGUUGGACACUAAUAUUAUAAGCACUAUUUAUAAUCAUCAGAACCUCCAAAAAGCCAAGGUCUCGCUCGCAGAGAUGUGCUUCGGGCUACAACUUCGCGACGCCGGCGUCAAACGAUACCCGCUGCGCGCGCGCACGCGAGCCAUCCAGUACGCGGUCACCGUGUUCUACAAGCAUCUCGAUGAGGGAUACAUCAAGUCGCUAACGAAAAAGCUGCAGAAAAUGUACCCUUUAUACCAAGAGACGGUUUCCUCACACACCGAUGACGUCACACUGAUCUACUACCCGGGAGAAUUCAACUACCACGAGUUUAUACCUCUCUCCAUCACCUUCAUAGGAAUAUUCCUCUAUGUCUACUUCUCUGUGAGGAAAAUUGAGUUCAUCAAGUCGAAGCUUGGCCUGGCAGCGUGUGCCGUAAUCACCGUGGCUGGAAGCCUGUCCAUGUCCAUAGGAAUAUGCUUCUACUUCGGCUUCUCGCUCAGUCUACAAGGCAAAGAGAUCUUCCCGUAUUUAGUGAUCAUUGUUGGCCUGGAAAAUGUGCUUGUGUUGACGAAAAGUGUGACGUCGACUGACUCCCGUCUGGAUGUUAAGAUAAGGCUAGCUCAAGGCCUGAGCAAAGAAGGAUGGUCGAUCACGAAGAAUCUGUUAACAGAAAUCACAAUACUCACCGUCAGCUUUUUCACUUUCGUUCCGUUUAUUCAAGAGUUCUCGAUCUUUAUGAUUGUGAGUUUGCUAUCAGACUAUUUUGUCCAGAUGACGUUUUUCGCGACCGUCCUCGGUAUAGAUGUGAGACGUAUGGAAUACUUCCAAGAACAAAGCCACAAGUUGCAUCUCAAACAGUACUUCGACUCGAGCAGUUCACUCAACUGGCGGUACAACAAAAGCCAUUCAGAAGAAAGCAGCCCAUUGACGAAAUCGAAAUCCCAUCCCAGAUUGAACGGGCUAGCUCAAUCGUCACCAACAGAUGUGGUAGCGAAACGAAACAGUAGUCCAAAACACCCAGACAAUAGGGUUCCCAAGCGGAUCCGUUUGGUUAACUUCUGGGCACGCACUCGCUUCUUUCAACGAGCGUUUAUGCUCUGGAUGCUGGUGUGGAUCUCCAUGAUUGUGUACAACUCUGGAGUGGUAGAUUACUUCGUGAGUAGUCCAGAGAGGAAUGACGUAGUGGAAACCGUGAAGACCACAGAACGGAGUACACAGAGUCAGAAUAUGUAUUCGUUCUAUAAGUCGUCGGAAAGCGCGAUGUUUUCGCCGAUCAUGGAGGUGGAUGAUAAAACGGCGUCCGGAGCUAAUGAGACGCUAUUUCUGAAGCAUUCGCCGCAUCACCGCCCGUGGUCCAGACUGUCCCCCUACCACUGGUCAUCCAUCCUCUCCCAGUACAACGCGUCGGUCUCGGGCCGCUCGGUGGCCCUACUCCCAGCGACGCUGCUCAGCUGGCGCGCGAGUCCCGAGCUGGCUGUCGGAGUGAGCCGCCCGGAUGAGAGAGACCCGCCGCCGUUAAGAUGGCAGGCGUUGGCUGCUGCGCUGGACCCUAUUGAUAUAUUGCCGGAAUUCGACACAUUUGAAUCCGCCCCACCCCACGCUUGGGGCAAAGCGACGGACCUACCUAUCUACCCGACGACUCCCAUGGAGAUACUGCUGCUGGCCAUACUGUGCUGCAUCAGUGUCGCUGUUAUAGCUUAUAUGAUGGUGGUUCUUUACAGAUGCGUGUGUUCCCGGCACUACGCGGAGUGGCGCGCGAGCUGGACCGAGAAGGAGGAAUACCUGAAGAUCAUCUCCAAACAACCAGCAGUACAGCUGGUCCUAGAAGCGGUCCCGCUCGUGGUCUCCGGCCACCAGUUCGAGGUGGAAUGUCUAGUCACUGAUGCUGACCGAGUGUUGUCUGUCUGUCUGCACGGCACCAUCAAGCUGUGGGACCAGCAGAACCGGGAGGUCAUCACGCACAUCGACCGCCACAAAUAUUUCAAAUUACAAAAAGAACUGUACGAUAAAAUGAAUUCAAAGAAAGAGGCUGAGCCUAAAAUUGUAGAAGUAUCCAUCCCUCCCGAUGUCACAGAACAACCGAAAAAUAGUGAGUGGCCGCACAAGCUGCGGCGCGGUCUCGGCAGCCACCUCAGCGGGCUGCGGUUCAGAGCGGGAGCUCCGGAGGCACCGCUAGCGCAGGUCGACUCAACCAAGUAUAGCUUCGCUAAGACUUACAGAGAACUCUACUGCAGCGAACAAACAGACCACGCCGACUUCAACGGUCUGGAAUCCAAAGAAAACAUCGACAUAACAAACCAACUGACAACCGAAGACUCAGACGCUAAAAGCAGUGACAUUUUCAAAUUCAACAGUGCCGAAAAGUCCAGUUUGAGAAACCGGACUAAGCCAAAGAUAGUUUUAAGUGAAAGUGAAGUGAAGAGUGAGACGUAUAGUGAUAAGGGAGGGUGGGGUUGUAGGGAUGUCAGUGAGUCUCCUAUUUGGUGCGUAGAUUUCUGCAAUGACUUGAUUGUGUUGGGCUGUGCGGACGGCCGGCUUGAGUUCUGGGAAGCCACUUCUGGGAAACUUAUGGGCAUUUGGUGGUGGUCGAGUGCGCGGGCGUCCCCGCAGCUGGGCGUGUGUGUGGCGCGGCUGUGGCGCGGCGCGCGGCGCGUGGCGGCCGCGUCGCUCGGCGGACACCUCGUGUUGUUGCGCGUCGACGCCGCGCCCCGCGCCCCCGCCGCCGCUAGGGCUCACAAACGCACGGGGUCGGCUGGGUGCAUACCGCGAGCGAGCUUCUCAUACGAGUCUGAAUCUAGCGACGGAGAGGAGGUGCAUUGCGUGCGAUUGGCGCAGUGCCGGCCGCACCAGCAGCCAAUCAGCGAGCUGAUUUGCGAGGGCGGGCGCAUCCUGACUGGAGGGCAGGAUCAUGUGCUCAAAGUGUUCACGGCCGACGAGCUAAGCCCCCUCUUCACGCUACACGGCCACUGCGGGCCUAUCACCAGCUGCUUCAUCGACCGCGCGACGCCCACCAUCGGGGGCAGCGGCUCGCAGGACGGCCUGCUGUGUGUGUGGGACCUGCAUACUGGCGCAUGUCUAUACAGCACGCAAGCGCACGCCGGCGCCGUGACGUCACUCGCCUACACGGCCAGCUACGUGGUCUCCGCGGGCAGCGACGAGCGCCUGUGCGUGUGGGACCGCUUCCAGGGACACCUGCUCACUACUGUGCACAUUGGCCUCAACUACAUGUCCAAGAUGCUGCCUCUGACACAUACACUGCUGCUCAUGGGUGACCGCAGCGGCCUGGUGGUGUAUGACCUCAGCAGCGGAGACGUCAUACGCAGGGUGCUGUUAGGUCAGAACGACGGCUGUAUCUACGUACGACAGAUCCAACCUCUGAAGGACGCAAUAGUCUGCGAUUACGCCAACCAACUCAGAAUAGUGAGGUUCCCACUAGUCUCCAAGCUCUCUGAUAUGAAGAAUGAAUGAAGUGUUGCCAGGUAUUAAUGUUACUCCAUGUUCGAAAUUGUUGACCUACGCGUAGAGACCGAAAGUACUAACUUUGCAAUGGGGAGGAAAGCGUAAAACUAAUUCCAGAUGUCGCCACUGUCGAGUAGGCCCGAUUCCCCCGUUCUAAUUGGUUGAUUCGGUCGCCAUUUUUUCUCCCUAAUAAUGUAAUUGGUCAGAAACUGAAAGGCACACUCGAUAGUGCUGCCGAAGUUUCACUUGAUUUUAUUCCCCAUUGGGAAAGAUGGGAGAUUAUUUUUCUUUAGUGGUUGUUUUAAGCUGCGUACAGACCGGUCCAACGAACGCCCAACGAUGGAUAUUUAUCAUACUUAUUUACAUAAUACAGGGCAGAUUGCAGCAACGAAGUUUAACGAAACCCGUUCGUUGGCGUUCGUUUGGCAGGUCUGUACGCAGCUUAAUCAGAAUCAUUGUGGGGUUGGCACUUUUAUCGGUUGCAAAGUUAGUUUUGUCGUCCUUUAUACGUUUGAUUGCUUUGUAUUCUUGGUCGUUUAUUCUAGUGUUGUAGAACACGUUAAUAAUGUUUUUUACAUAUGAACAUGUUACUUGACCGUAAGACUUUUUUAUAGCAGUGUUGCUUUGCUACUUGUUAAACAAGAUAUCUUCGGUAGAUACUAGAUAUGGUAGUCUUCAACUACCAAUCCAUAUAAUUAACAUGUUUUCCCAAGGUACAGAUAGUACGGUCUUAAAUAAUAGAUAAAUCCAAUUGCUAUUUAUAGCGUUAAUGCGUUAUUUUUUUACUAAUAUUAUUGAAUGAUUAAGUAGGAUCUGAUGUAAUGCAGUUUUGAGUAAUCGUAACUAUAAUUAGGAUUGCACGAACCAAAUAACUACAUUUGUGACAUAAAAUCAGAACUAUACGCUUAUUUCUAACAUAUAUAUGUAUACAAGGAACUUUAAGCUAAUGUCGGCAUUAAAUCUGUCUGCCUCUUUCUGUCCAUAUACUACCAAAGCAAUAGAUGUAAUGUUUAUUAGACAUUAGUUCCUUUGUGCAAGUCAUCGUUAGUGUACUUGUUUUUCUAUUAAGAGAAAGGACGGUUAAAAAGCAGUUUUUUAUUAUAUACUUACUAACUUUUGCCUUUGACUUGCCCUUGUGACAAAAAUAUAUAAUAAUAAUUUAAAUCGUAAUACAAAAAAACUGAAAGUAACAAGAUUAACACAGAUUAAUGUUGUUAAAAUAUAAUGUUAUUGUAAAAUAUCAUCGUCAUAGUUUUACAUAGUAUGGAUGGAUUCCAUCGUGUAUAUUAAACUGUUAAAUUAAUUCAGAUCUAUUAAAUUAGUAGAUACUAUUCAGAUUAUUACAUAACGUUUUCUAUUAGAAAUAGCUAUUCAGUCAUAAAACCGCCUACUUCCAAGUCCAACAAAGACAAUUCCUUUUAAUUGCAUAUCUAGCCUUGACGCAAUAAAGUGUUUUGUAUUUUAUUGCAAGUAGACAUAUAGAACAAAUAUAGCUUACUACCUACGAAUUAAGUACAUAAAUCACAAAAAAAUAUUACAUAUUUAACAACAAUUGACUAGUUACUUUAUAUAUAUUAUGUGUUGUUUCAUUAAUGCUUAAAUAUAGAUAUAGAUAUACUGUUGGUAUUUCUACGGUAAAGCUGUGCUUCUAGUCUAUUCUGAGAAGUGAAUGAAUGUAUUACCUAUUUACAGUCGUCGAAAUAUAAUAGGCCCGU